AUGAGAAGACAUGAGAUGAGAUGCGAAAACAAUGUAAGAGUUGGAGAAAGUAGGAGAAAUGAGCAGCACCUGAUUGUCCUGGAUGAUCCAGUCCCACAAACACAGUUGAACACACUCCAUGACCUCUGGCCCUCAGAGGUCAAAGGUCAAGAUGUGACUGUCAGUGCGCUUCUGCUAGAGGACGAGCCCUCAGAGCAGCAGAUUCAACAAAACAUACAGAAUAGGUGCGUCGUGGCCCGUUUUAGAUUUGAGGGGGAGGAGGGGGAGCUGUCCUUCACUGAGGGUGAUGUCAUCACUCUAAUGGAAUAUGUAAAUCAGGAGUGGGGGCGUGGUCUCCUGAACGGACAGACCGGAAUCUUUCCUCUCAAUUUCAUCCAGGCUGUAGAGGACACUGAAGCGUUGCCAAGAAAACUGGCUCUGGAAUCUCCCGCACCCCCUGCAGGAGCGAAAAUCAGAGGACGAGCACUUUAUGAUUUUACUCCUGAGUGUGAGGAUGAGCUCCAGCUGAAGACAGGAGAUGUGGUGUGUGUUUUGGAGGACAUGGAUGCUGAGUGGUUCCUCGGAGAAUCUGGCGGGAAACGUGGCAUGGUCCCCAAAAACUACAUCCAAGUGCUGCUGGACCCCUGAACACACGGGGCCGUCCUGUCAAGUGCCUGAUGAGCAUUUCUGCGUUUUGCCUUUUAUUAGAUCAUGUCAUACAGUUAAACAAGGUUAGUGAGGGGAUGUUUGAAGUGUGUGGAUCUCCUGUACUGUACUGACGUGUGUGUGUGUGUGUGUGUGUGUGUGUGUGUGUGUGUGUGAGGCCAGAUUAACUUGUUUACCGUUUUAAUCCGCAUUAAACAAAUCAGUUAUGUAAAUAUCAAUACUACCCUAAAUAUUACCCCAUAAUUUUCUUUUUUUCUUUCUUUUUCUAUACAAUACAUUACCAGUCAUUCAUGAUUUACUGGAUAAGGAUUUAAUUUUAAAUAUGAAUCCUUAUCUAAUUAAAUAUUUUAGAGCUUGUAAUAACUAGUAAAAUGUAUAUUUAUUAUAAGAAUGGCCAAAAGUUCAAAGUUUGUGCUAAGAUUUUUUUAAAGUUUUAAAGUGUCUUCUGCGUUUAUUUGAUCAAAAGUACAGUAAAAAUUGUAAAAAAAAUUUUUAAUUUAAACAGCUGUUUCCAUGUUCAUAUCAUUUAAGGUUUAAUUUAUUUCUGUGAUGCUCCGCUGUAUUUUCAGCAUCAUUCCUCCAGUCUUCAGUGUCACAUGAUCUUCAGAAAUCAGAAUAAUAUGAUGAUUUACUGCUCAAGAAACAUUUCUGAUUAUUAUCAAUGUUGUGCUGCACAAUAUUUUUGUGGAAACUGUGAUGCAUUUUAUUUUUCAGGAUUCACAGAAGAACAAAAAGUUCAAAAGAACAGCAUUUUGUAACAUUAUAAAUGUCUUGCGUCCUUGAUGAAUAAAAGUAUCAAUUAUUUCUUUUUUUUUUU